AUGGGGCUCGUCGCGUGCUCGUCGCCUUCGCUCCGCCCGUCGCCUUCACUUCUCCCCCGUCGCCUUUACUUCUCCCCCGUCUCCUUCACUCCCCCCACUCUUCCGUUGCCUUCAUUUCCCCCUCCCGUCGCCUUCAUUUCCCCCUCCCGUCGCCUUCACUUCCCCCUCCCGUCGCCUUCAAUUCCCCCUCCCGUCGCCUUCAUUUCCCCCUCCUGUCGCCUUCAUUUCCCCCUCCCGUCGCCUUCAUUUCCCCCUCCCGUCGCCUUCACUUCCCCCUCCCGUCGCCUUCACUUCCCCCUCCCGUCGCCUUCACUUCCCCCUCCCGUCACACUCGCUUCCCCACCCGUCACCUUCACUUCCCCUCCCAUUGCCUUUCACUCUCUCCUGCUCAAUCUCUUUCCCCCUGCUCACUCUCUUCCCCCCUGCUCACUCUCUUUCCCCCUGUUCACUCUCUUCCCCCCUGCUCACUCUCUUCCCCCCUGCUCACUCGCUUCCCCCCUCCUCAAUCUCUUCCCCCCUGCUCACUCUCUUCCCACUCUCUUCCCCCCUGCUCACUCUCUUCCCCCCUGCUCACUCUCUUCCCCCCUGCUCACUCUCUUCCCCCGUGCUCACUCGCUUCCCCCUCCUCAAUCUCUUUCCCCCUGCUCACUCGCUUCCCCCCUCCUCAUUCUCUUUCCCUCUGCUCACUCCCCUUGUUCUAACCCCAGUUUCCCCAUUUCUCACCCAUUUUCCCCCUUCACGCUCUCUUACCCCCUCUGCUCGCCCCUGUUUUCCCAACUCACGCCUAUACUCACUCUCUCCCCCCCCCUGCUCACUCUCUUCCCCCCUGCUCACUCUCUUUCCCCUUGCUCACUCUCUUCCCCCCCUUCUCACUCUCUUUCCCCCUUCACGCUCUCUUUCCCUCCCUUCCGCUCGUUGCCCCCCUUCGUCUCGCGCUCGUCCCCUCGCAAUCCCCGUCUCUCUCUCCCCCCGUCGCCCUCGUUUUCCCCGUCGCCCUCCCUUCCACUCCUCGUUGCCCUCGCCAUCUCUCCCUUCUCCCCUCCCAUCUCGCACUUUUGUCACGCCCCCUUUCCAACCCGCACAUACACCCUUCCCUUCUUCCCUGUUUCCUCGUAUCUCCUGCGCUGCUUCCCCCCAUCCUCCGACUUGCUCCCCCCAUCCCCUUCCCUGCUUCCCCCCAACCCCUUCCCUGCUCCCCCCCAUCCCCUUCCCUGCUUUCCCCCUUCCCCUUCCCUGCUUUCCCCCGUCCCCUUCCCUCCUUCCCCCGUCCCCCUCCCAGCAUCCCCCCAUCCGCUUCCCUGCUCACCCCCAUCCCCUUCCCUGCUCCCCCCCAUCCCCUUCCCUGCUUCCCCUUAUCUCCUUCCCUGA